CCUGUGUAAGUAGCCGCUCACUCUGCCAUACCUAACUUCACCUUGUCAACCUCAAUGGAACAAUAAAGAAUCCAUCUUCAGCGACACAUCAACACCAUGUCUGCACGUAUCGCUCGAUCUUCAAUGGCCUUGAGGCCCUCUCUUCCUAUCCAGCGAGGCUUUCGCACAACCAGAUUACUUCGACACAAUGAGAAGGAACCUAUUGGACCGAAAUCUCAAGGUAAACCCAUGAGCAAGGGUGACAACUCGCAGAUCGUGAUGCUGGGAGGUGUUGGUCUUGCGAUCGGUCUAGGUUUCUUCUUCCUUAUGUCUCGACCCGAGAAAGCAAAGGAACAACCUAUCGAGGGUGUAAAAUCCAAGCCCGUGAGCCCCAAAUAAAGAGAGAGCGAGAGAAUACGAGAUACGAGAGAGUCUGGGGUUAGCAACGUGGAUAUGCAGGGUAUAAUGAUCGAUGGCGUAAGCGAUGAUUGAAUAAGAAAAUAGGUCGUCCAUAACAAGCAGAACCUAUUACAGCUCCAACUGCAUUAUCUACCAAAUCAAUGAGGCAGGUCGUCAUGUUACGGCAUCUCCGCACCUAUCACCGCAGAGCUUAUAUCCCUGUCAAGUUGGCCGUAGGAUCUAGUUUACAGCCUCAAAAGAGG